AUGAAAUCAGCUAUAACUUUUAUUUUGUGCGUCGUCUUUGCUGCUGCUACUAUCGUAUCAGCGGAAGAUUUUUUACCUUUAAAAGAUAGAUGGUAUCUGUCUACAGCUGGAAUGACAAGUUCUAAGACUACUGUUUCUCGUCGUAGUUUACUUAGUAGAAAACCAGGCGGUGUUAAAGCUGAAAGUACUUACUAUAUUGAAGAAGAUCUUAAACACGCUGCUUGCUAUGGUAGAGACAAUCUUCCCAACUAUAAUGCUAAAGAUACUGAUUUCAUUGCAGCCAUGUAUAUGAAUAAUCUUGAACAUUGUUAUAGAUGUAUUGAAGUUUGCCGUGGUUCAAGUUCAAGAUGCGUUAAGGUCAAAGUAAUUGAUAAAUGUGGUGGAUGUCCAUCUAGUUCUCAGAAUGUUGAUUUAACAUCGACUGCCUUCCAAAAAAUUGCUACUCUCUCUGAAGGACGUGUUGGAAUCCGAUGGCGUCCUAUUCGAUGCCCUGCAAAGGGGCGUUGGCCAACUUUCGAACAAGAACGUUAA